ACCGCGAACGAGUCCGUACUAGUGUUUUUUCAACAACUUCAAUUUUAGGUGUUUGUGCACAAUGUCGAAUCAAUAUAAUUUGACCGAAGGAGCCCUUCAGGUAUUGCUCACUGGCGCCGAGUACGAAAAUGCAAUAAUCCAAGUGCUGGCCUCCAAAAAAAUACAAUCCAAAUCAACAGACGGCGGACGCUAUCGUUUGCUCAUAUCUGAUGGGAAACAUACAAUUUCAUUUGCUAUGCUUACAACCCAAAAUAACCCUGUGGAAAUCCCAAAUAACUCCGUUGUGAAAAUAAAGAAAUCCAUCACCAGUGUUGUCAACAAUUCGAACAGGGGAGAACAAAAAAUCCUCUUGAUAAUAGAUUUUGAUAUUCUGGUUGACGGAAGUGAAGUUGGACAUAAAAUAGGAAACCCCACUCCUUUAACUGGUGAUUCAUCCAGCAAUUCCUCCUCAAAUAAUGCUCCAAGCACCAGUAACAGCAAUGCCAACAAUUAUUCAUCUGAAAAACCCAAAGCUGCUGCUCCAAGCUCAUCCAAUGUUACUCUUGGAGGAGAUGGGGCACCAUUAACACAUCCCAUUUCUAGUCUCAGCCCUUAUCACAACAAAUGGGUUAUCAAAGUGAGAGUUUCAAACAAAUCAAACAUCCGUACUUGGUCUAACAGUAAAGGUGAAGGAAAGCUGUUCAAUGUGGAUUUCAUUGAUGAAAGUGGGGAGAUCCGGUGCACUGCUUUUAGAGACUUAGUUGACAAAUUUUAUGAUAUGUUGCAGGUUGACAAAGUCUAUUAUGUAAGCAAGUGUAUGUUGAAACCAGCUAACAAGCAAUUCAGUAAUAUCAAAAAUGAGUAUGAAAUGACUAUGACCAAUGAAACUGUUAUUCAAGAAUGUCAGGAUGCAGAUACCAACAUUCCCCAAACUCAAUUUGAUUUCACUUCCAUUGAUAAGAUUGCAAAUAUUGAAGUUGGAACUCUUAUUGAUGUUAUUGGAAUAUGUCAGAGUGCCUCUGAGUUACAAACAUUUAUGGCUCGUUCUACUGGUAGAGAGUUGAAGAAGAAGGAAGUAACACUCAUUGAUCAGUCUAAAACUGCGAUCACCCUUACUCUUUGGGGUAAUGAGGCCGAGAAUUUCGACGCCACCAAUAAUCCAGUAAUAGUAGUUAAGAGUGCCAAAGUUGGUGAAUUUGGUGGUGGUAAAAAUCUGUCUUUGUUAGGCAGCAGCCAAUUCAGAGUUAAUCCGGAGUUGUCAGAGUGUUACAAAAUGAGGGGAUGGUAUGAUUCUGAGGGAGGAAAUAUUGAUGCCAACAAUAUAAGUACCAGAACAGGAGCCGGUAGUUUUAACACACCAUGGAUGAGUUUCAAGGAAGUUCAGGAUCAACAAUUGGGCAAUGCUGAAAAGGGUGAUUAUUACCAAGUUAUGGGUACAGUUCUGCUUAUGAGAGGCGAAAAUUUGAUUUAUAAAGCUUGUCCAAUGGAAAAAUGUAACAAAAAGAUUGUUGAUUUGGAAACUGGUAUGUAUAGAUGUGAGAAAUGCAGAACAGAAUACCCAAAUUUCAAAUACCGCUUGCUUGGCAGUAUGAAUGUUGGUGAUUGGAGUGGUAAUCAAUGGGUCAGCAUGUUUAGUUCAGAAGUUGAAAAGGUCCUGGGAAUGACAGCUGAAGAAGUAGGUAAGCAAGUUGAAGAGAACCCUCAAGCUAUGAGUUCCAUUGCUGAUAAGGCUAACUUCAAGCAAUUUGUACUCAAGUGCAGAGCUAAAAUGGAGACUUAUAAUGAUGAAGCUCGUCUUAAAACUGUGGCCAUUCAGAUUAAUCCAAUAGAUUAUGAGACAUAUAAUACACACCUAAUUGAAAGAAUUCAGCAACUUAUGAGUGCAUAAUUUUUCAUUUUUGUUAUAAUUAGUUGUAAGAGUGUUUAUUUAAGGUUUAAUGUUACUUCUUAAUGUUUUUUAGUCAAUAAAAGUAUUCUGUUCUAUAAA